AUGACAACCACAUUAAAACCAGAAGAAGAACUUGCUUUAAGUCAUAUAUUUGUCUUGCAAGAGGAAAAUCUUCAAGGGUUGUCUCAAUACUUCAAAGAAGAAUUAUGGCAACAAUUAUUUGACAAUAUACGAAGCAAAUACCCACACCAACCAGUACCAACAGCA